AUGGCUAAUGGCAAGAGAAGAUCAAUAUUGAAGAAGAAGAUAUCAAAUUCUUCAUUAUCUAAUAUAUUCAGUUUAGGGAAGAAGAGAAAACUGAAUGAAUUGGAAGAUCCGAAGUCUGCCCAUAUAAAUAACGUGGCAGUAUCCAACUUUAGAGAUAAUAAUGGUAAUAAUGAUAGGGCUCCGUCAAAUUGCAUGUCAUGGGAUGAAGACUCUGAUAAAACACAAAAGCGUCAGCACUUUAGUGAGGAUAAGAAGGUAAGUAAAGAAGAAAAGGAUUAUAUAGAGAGAGAAAAAGAAUUGAAUGCAAAAUUACCUGAAGAACUUCGUAGAUUUAGGCCUGCUGGAUAUCCAUUUAAUAUACCACGAAAAGAUAGACCAAUUCGUAUAUAUGCGGAUGGUGUUUUUGACUUAUUCCAUCUAGGUCAUAUGAAGCAAUUGGAGCAAUGUAAAAAAUCCUUUCUGAAUGUCACGUUAAUAUGUGGUGUUCCAAGUGAUGAAGUAACGCAUAAGUUAAAAGGUUUAACCGUUCUUACAGAUAAACAAAGAUGCGAGACACUGAGACAUUGUAAAUGGGUCGACGAAGUUAUCGCUGAUGCACCAUGGUGUGUUACCUUAGACUUUUUAGAUGAGUAUAAUAUUGACUAUGUGGCUCAUGAUGAUAUUCCGUAUGUUGGUACAGAUAGUGAUGAUAUUUAUAAACCUGUAAAAGAAAUUGGUAAAUUUUUGGUAACACAAAGAACUGAAGAUGUCUCAACUAGUGAUAUUAUAACAAAUAUUAUUCGAGAUUAUGAUAAAUAUUUAAUGAGAAAUUUUACUAGAGGAGCUACAAGAGAAGAGUUGAAUAUAUCAUGGAUGAAACAAAAUGAAUUAGAAUUUAAGAAACAUAUAAAUGAUUUCAGAUCGUAUUUCAAAAAGAAUCAAUUGCAAUUAAAUAAUGCCCCCAAAGAUUUAUAUUUCGAGGUUCGAGAAAUGCUAUUAAAAAAAGCAUUAGGAAAAAAAUUAUAUGAAAAAUUAACUGAUAAUGAUUCUGAUAAAGAAAAUAAUGAUGACCCCAAAAAGUUUCUAAAUAAAACUCUUACAGAAAGAAAAAGAUUGAUAGAGGAGGGUGAGACUUCUCCAGCAAUUGAUUUUGCUAAUCAAUACACAGGAAGGAAACAGCCCAAGAGUGAAAAGCGAUUCAUAGAAAGAAAUAUAAAUGCAGAUGAUAAUGUAUCCGGGGAUGACGAUCAAAACGAAGUUAGUGACAAUUACUUAUAUAGUACGUCAACUUCUUCAACUGAUUCAUCAUCGAGUAAUAAUUAA